GGAGAGAGUUGUAGAGCCCCAAUAUACGGCGAAAUGGUUUCUGUAAUACCUCAGUUGCCACGGUGCCCAGUCGAAAAUGGCAUUCAUUCAGUGAUUUUGCCCUCGCAACGAAACAGUUUUCGACCUAAGAAAAAACUGACGAGAGUCGUUAAUGGACUGAGUAACAACCAGCACUUAACAAAACAAUUUAAUAUUCCACCAGAACUUUUUUGGACGUCGAAAAGGAACUCGAAAAAACAUAAUUUCACUAUUCCGCGAAUAGUCAUCGAGAAAAUCGAGGAUGAAAGACCUUGGGACUUCGCAAACUCACCGAGGAGAAAGAUGGGUAGUUUCACACGGCCCGGGCUGAACUGUAAUAAAAAUUUUCUUCAUCCUUCUUACACAGUUUGUGCUGCGGUUUCGGCGAACGACCCCGGCGCCCUUAAGAAUAUUAUUCUCUCGGGAGCUGUGAAUAUUGAUCAACUUUGCUCGAAUGGGGCUUCGGCAUUACACGAAGCGGCUUACGACGGAAAAGUCGACUGCGUGAUCGCGUUACUUCAAUGCGGGGCCGAUGUGAAUAACGAAGAUGGCGAAGGAUGGACACCGCUGCAUGCAGCCGUGUGUGGCCAAAGUAUACAAUGCGCUGAACUUCUCGUUCGGCGAGGAGCAAAUGUGAAGGCGAAAACGGACGAUGGACUUUCACCGUUGGCAAUCGCCACGCAACAAAAAGACACAGAAAUGAUAAAACUUUUGACUUUAGUUUCCAAUCAGCCGCACAAAGUAGACAAACCUAAACGCUCGUACAAGCAAGCGAAAGAGUUUUUUGUGCCCAUAUUUGUUUAG